ACGGACCUCCAACCUUGAGCCUUGUGCUUGCAAAGAACCGGCGAUGCCAUCCCAGCUGCAGGCACAGAGGAGAGCCACCCCAAAGUUCGUCCAGGGAGACCCGAAGAGCCUGGCGCCAGAUGUGAGGGACUUCGUUGAAAGCAACACUGAGCUCUGCCAGCCAGAAGCUGUCCACAUCUGCAAUGGCUCAGAGCAUGAGAACAAAAGGAUCUUGGAGCUCAUGGUGGAGGAAGGCAUGAUUAAGAAGCUUGGCAAAUAUGAGAAUUGCUGGUUGGCUCGUACCAAUCCGAGGGAUGUGGCCAGAAUCGAAAGCAAAACUGUCAUCGUCACUCAGGAGCAGCGAGACACCAUCCCAAUCCCGAAGAGUGGGAUGAGCCAGCUGGGGUGCUGGAUGUCUGAGGAGGACUUUGAGAAAGCCUUCAGCGUACGAUUCCCUGGGUGCAUGAAAGGGCGCACCAUGUAUGUCAUCCCUUUCAGCAUGGGGCCCAUCGGUUCCCCUUUAUCCAAGUUUGGGAUUCAGCUGACAGAUUCUCCUUAUGUGGUGGCCAGCAUGAGGAUCAUGACUCGGAUGGGGACGUCUGUCCUAGAGGCCCUGGGCAACGGGGAAUUUGUGAAAUGCCUCCAUUCAGUUGGGUGCCCUUUGCCGUUGAAAAAGCCUCUGGUAAAUAACUGGCCCUGUAACCCAGAUCUGACUCUGAUUGCUCACAUCCCGGAUCACAGAGAGAUCAUUUCCUUUGGAAGCGGCUAUGGAGGAAAUUCCCUCUUGGGAAAGAAGUGCUUUGCUCUCCGGAUCGCCAGCAGGAUCGCCAAGGAAGAGGGCUGGCUUGCUGAGCACAUGCUGAUCUUGGGUAUCACAAAUCCGGAAGGUGAAAAGAAAUACUUUGCUGCAGCCUUCCCAAGUGCAUGUGGAAAAACCAACUUGGCCAUGAUGAACCCAACUCUGCCAGGGUGGAAAAUCGAGUGUGUUGGGGAUGAUAUUGCUUGGAUGAAAUUUGAUGACCAAGGUAACCUAAGAGCCAUCAAUCCAGAGAACGGCUUCUUCGGAGUGGCUCCUGGGACAUCAGUGAAAACAAACCCCAACGCCAUGAAGACCAUUCGGAAGAACACCAUCUUCACCAACGUGGGAGAAACUAGUGAUGGAGGCGUGUAUUGGGAAGGCAUGGAAAAGCAGUUUGCGCCCGGGGUGACGCUCACGUCGUGGAAAAACAAGGAAUGGACAACCAAGAGCGGGGAACCUUGUGCCCACCCCAAUUCCCGGUUCUGCUCUCCUGCCAGUCAGUGCCCCAUUAUCGAUCCCGCCUGGGAGGCUCCAGAAGGAGUGCCAAUCGAGGGGAUCAUAUUUGGAGGGCGGAGACCUGAAGGUGUGCCUCUGGUCUACGAGGCCCUUAACUGGCAGCAUGGAGUAUUCGUAGGUGCAACGAUGAGAUCAGAAGCAACAGCUGCCGCUGAACAUAAAGGCAAGAUCAUCAUGCACGACCCCUUUGCCAUGCGGCCUUUCUUUGGCUACAACUUUGGGCAGUACCUCUCCCACUGGAUCAGCAUGGCGCACCGGCCUGCUGCAAAACUGCCCAAGAUCUUCCACGUCAACUGGUUCCGGAAAGACAAGCAAGGGCGGUUCUUGUGGCCCGGCUUCGGCGAGAACUGCCGGGUGCUGCAGUGGAUGUUCAACCGAAUUCGGGGAGAGGAGAGUGCGCAGCUGACAGCCAUCGGCUACGUCCCUGAUGACACGGGCUUGAACUUGAAAGGCUUGGAAGGUGUCGACACACAGGAACUGUUUGCCCUUUCCAGAGACUUCUGGGAAAAGGAGGUGGAAGAAAUCAAGAAGUAUUUUGAAGAGCAAGUCAACGCCGACCUCCCCUACGAGAUGGAAAGAGAAGUUAUUGCUCUAGAGCAGAGAAUAAAGCAGCUGUAAAUGA